GAAGUGGGCCGGGCGAGAUCGGGUAGACGCGUUUCCGGCGGGCGCUGGCGGCUGCCGAGGCGGCGGCGCGGGGGCAGCUGGGGGCGAUCCAUCUCCAGCGAUGUCGUUCCUUUUCGAGUGGCUUUACAACGGCUUCAGCAGCGUGCUGCAGUUCCUGGGUUUGUACAAGAAGUCUGGAAAACUAGUGUUCCUGGGCUUGGAUAAUGCAGGGAAAACUACUCUGCUGCACAUGCUGAAAGACGACAGGCUGGGACAGCACGUCCCGACACUACAUCCCACAUCAGAAGAGCUGACAAUUGCUGGAAUGACCUUCACCACUUUCGACCUGGGGGGACACGAGCAAGCUCGCCGCGUAUGGAAGAACUACUUGCCAGCCAUCAAUGGGAUCGUCUUCCUGGUGGACUGCGCAGACCAUUCCCGUCUUAUGGAAUCCAAAGUGGAGCUUAAUGCGCUCAUGACAGAUGAGACAAUAUCCAACGUGCCAAUCCUUAUCCUGGGUAACAAAAUCGACAGACCAGAGGCCAUCAGUGAGGAGAAGCUGCGGGAGAUCUUUGGACUCUAUGGACAGACCACGGGCAAGGGAAAUGUGCCGCUGAAGGACCUGAACGCGCGUCCCAUGGAGGUUUUCAUGUGCAGUGUGCUGAAGCGGCAAGGCUACGGCGAGGGCUUCCGCUGGCUAUCGCAGUACAUUGACUGACGCUCGGGCAGACACAAAGGUUUUCUUCCUCUGGACUGAUCCUGUUACAGCUUCCUACAGACUUUUGUAUUUGAACACGGAAGGCUUUCCAACCGCGUCCUGGCAUUGACCAAGAGACUCUGGGUUUUUGGCUGCCCAAUACACA